GUUUUUUGAGGGGGUUGCUGGAAAAUAAUGCGCGAUACUCUACCUGAUCGUCCAUCCAAAGACGAGGCGGCAGAAUCUCGCUAGCGGGGCGCAUACGGGCAAUGCACCUCUUCACCAUUCCAGUACUUCAAGUCAACAAGCAACCAACGCACUUCCAACACCAAAUAAAAUCAUGGCUUCCGCAAGUAAAGCUGCACGGAUAGGAGAAGAGUAGGCUCUAGCCCUCAAUUUUGCGCGAUCAAAGCUAACGUGGUAUAGAGUCUGGAAGUUAGUAUCCGGUCCCGCAUCCCGCAAUCCAUAGCCUUAUAACUCAUGGUAUACAGAAGUCGAGUUGACAAAGUCAAUGCCGAGUUGGUCACUCUCACAUACGGUACUAUCGUGGCGCAACUAUGCAAAGACUACGAGAGCGAUUAUGUUGAGGUCAAUAAGCAGCUCGAGAAGAUGGGGUACAACAUUGGUCUGCGAUUGAUUGAGGAUUACCUGGCAAAGUCAAACACGAUGAGGAGAUGCACCAAUUUCAAGGAAACGGCGGAUAUGAUCUCUAAGGUUGCUUAAGGAACAAUCUAUCCAGAAGGUUUAUGCUGAUGGAAUUCAGGUCGGCUUCAAGAUCUUUCUCAACAUUACUCCGACGAUUACGAAUUGGACGAGCGAUAGCAAACAGUUCUCCUUGAUCUUCGACGAGAACCCCUUGGCCGAUUUUGUGGAAUUGCCUGAUGAUGGACGCGCCCAAGACGAAUUGUGGUAUUCCAACAUCUUCUGUGGUGUAUUGCGGGGUGCUCUGGAAAUGGCUCAGAUGCAGGUUGAGGCGCACUUUAUCAGUGAUAUCUUGAGAGGAAAUGACUCCACUGAGAUGAGGAUAACUUUGAUUCGGUAUAUUGACGACGAAAUGCCAAUGGAGGAUGAUUAAUGGGAUAUACAUGGACAGGAGUUUGGCGUUGGGGCGAAGAGGAGAUACAUUGGCCUGUAUUUUAUAGCAGCAUUGUAUUGAUAGAGCGUUAUGG